AUACCGGUCUCUCGAUUCUUUUCUCAGUGCUUGUCAUUGCUCUUUCUGGUCCAAAUCUCUUGUCGCACGUUGGGCUGCUUACUGGGAACCUGGUGAGCGUGGUCAUUGAAGCAGACGCCCGACUACGAGUACCGCGAAUCACACGGCACGGCAAUGUUCCACACGUUCCAGUCGUCCGUAGGGCUGCGCUCGCCCGGGGCGGACAGCGAUGGCUCGUCCACGAAGCCGAAUCGGGCCACGGGGUCCCGCAGGAUAUCGACGAGCAACGCAUGCGUCGAGUGCAGAAGGAGGAAGAUUCGCUGUGAUGGUACCCAGCCAUGCGGGCAAUGUCAGUGGUAUCAACAUCCCGAGGCAUGCGGAUACUCGAAACCGGCGCAGCGGGUUAUCCCGAGCAGGAAGUUGGUAGACAAGCUGUCCAGCAACAUCGAGCAAUACAAGAGCGUCCUCUCCAAGCUCUACCCUACCAAAGAUCUUGAUACACUCGCAAACCUUCCCCGUGAGGAACUCCUCGAACUGGCUCUCUCCACUCCUGCCGUUACAACAUCGCCAUCCACUGGACCUACGCAGAGCAUCUCAGAGACUGCAAUCGGAUCUGACGGCGCGGAGAGCUUAGAAGCACUUGAGCAAGCUCCUCCGGAAGACCCCUAUUGGGACGAAGCCAGAAAACAUCUAGUCAGGGUCCAGGGUAUUUCUGACGACGUCAACGGCUUGUCGAUGUCCGUCGACCGACUGUCUUCCUACGUCGGUAUAUCCUCGAUUACUGCAGCACUCAAAGUCAUUGUCAAAUGCGCGCCCCACGUGAAGCCCUUGAUUGCGCACAACACACAGGAAACAGCACUCCCAAGCCGAGCUGGUUCUCCCCCUCCCGAGCUGGCGGAUCCGAGCCCUUCGCCACUUCCUCCUCCGGCCCAAGGUCAACAGCUUAUUGAGAGCUAUUUCGAACGCGUCCACCUGUUCUUCCCCUUGAUUGAUGAGCGGAAACUGUGGUCCAUGUAUCUCUUUGGCGACAGGAAAGAUCCAGCAUGGCUGGCGCUGUUGAACAUGGUCUUUGCACUGGGGUCGCUGGCAUCGUCCACUGCAGACAAUGAGGCUCACUAUGUAUAUUUCAAUCGUGCGCGGCAGCAGCUCUCCUUGGAUUCAUUUGGCAGCGGCAAUCUGGAAGUCCUUCAGGCACUAGCGAUCAUGAGUGGUUACUACAUGCAUUACCUGAACCGGCCGAACGAAGCACAUUCUCUUAUGGGAGCAACACUUCGGAUGGCUACCGCAUUGGGCUUGCACCGCGAAUAUUCAGAGGCAUCGAGGAAUGAUCCAUCGAGGCAUCUUAACAUCACUGCCCCCGGUGAGGCUGACUCGAUAUCGCCCGAGAUGAGAAGGCGUAUCUGGUGGAGCCUGUUUUGUAUGGAUACUUGGGCAUCUACCACGACGGGCAGACCGUCUCUGGGUAGGAUGGGGCCGUCCAUUACUGUGCUUCCCCCAGGCACAGCUACUAGUUCGGGAACCGCUCUGCCGCAGCCGAAUACUCCUCAAUACAUUGAACAGUUGAAGACGCUACCACUGCAACAUGCUUCAGAAUUCUGCAAGAUUGCCACGCGCAUUCAAGAUCGACUGGUCGAGUCGCCGCUGCUUACACCCUCCGAGACCAGUCAAUACGACGCAGAGAUCGUGCGCUGGAACGAAGAACUCCCCUCCCUACUGUCGAAUCUCAACGAGCCCUGUCCUCCGUUCCUACAUCGUGUCCGCCUUGUCAUGAAGUGGCGAUUCCAGAACAUCCGCAUUGUGCUACACAGGCCGAUGUUACUAAGCACAGCUUUAAGACGCUGCACAUUUGCCAACCUGACGGCUGAAGAGAAGGUUGCGGUUGGAAAGUGCCGCAUCAUUGCGGCAAAGACUAUCGAAGACAUCUCCAACGAGUGUCUACCAGAUCUCAUCUCUGGUUGGAACGGCGUCUGGUUCACCUUCCAAGCCUGCAUGGUUCCCCUGGUCUCACUGUUCAGCGAUACGAGCAUGCCGGAAGAGGUAGAGAAGUGGAAGGCGAGCAUCGAGACGGCGCUUGCGUUCUUCGAGCGGAGUAAACCGUGGAGCAUUGCUGCGAAACGGAGCAAGGAUGCCAUUUCGAAACUCUACCAGGCCUACAAACUGCAAUUCUCAGGGCAAUUGCAACCUGAUCCGGCCCAGGCGCAGCACGCUUAUCACCACUCCAACAAUGGCGCCCCGGUCAUGGAAGGUUUUGGCUACAGCGGUGUUCCUGAUGUUAGCGCAUUGUCCAUGAACAAUGCUGUGUGGGGCAACGAUCCGAACUCGAUGCAGCAGUUGAGUGGUUAUUGGGAUGAUAUGAUGUGGGAUACGAAUCUUCCGGACAUGCUCGAGAACCCUUUCGGAUUGGGCAACGACUACGAUUUUCAGGGGGCAGCAGCCGCUCAUGAUUCGGGCGCCGCUUGCUGGAUGCCCGGCAACUGAGGGGUGGUGAUGUCUUCUGUAUACGCUCAGAGGCAUC